AGAAUAUUUCAAAUUUCAAUCAACAAAAAGAUUAUUGAAGACACUCCCAUCUCCCUGACAACCUUUUUCUUCUUGAUACAAAAGAAAAUUCUGAAAAAGCAUAUGCAUGACCUUUUUUGGUUAUUUCAGAUGACCCAUAGCUGACUCAUGCAACAAUCAGUUAAAAGAUUCACCAACUCCUCUGCAAGCACCUAUAUAUAAUGCUACAUGGAAUGCUUUUAAACCAUCAACCAAACUUAAAUAUUUCUCACAUACCUUCACAAUACGGUAAUACUCCACCCCAAAUCAGAAUCACAAUGAAGAACUUACUUCGUGGAAAUUUGGUGGGUAUUCCCAUGAGUUCAGCAGUAUGUUCACUUGGAAGGCAGCAGAAAAGACUUCUUGCCCUAUCUGCUUGCGAAGACCAUAUCGUUCCAUAUGGAACUUCAAAGAACUUGUCUCAAAUAAAGCAAAGAAAAUAUGUCAUUGGUAAGAUGAACAAAUUGGGAGAAAGGGUGGAUUGUCUUGUACAAAGCAUCCAUGAGCAUGUGAGCCUAAGCCUGAAACUAACAGAAACUUUAAAGGGAAAACUGAGCCUUGGAGCAAAAAUUCUUCAAGUAGGAGGUUUGGAGAAAAUAUUCAGGCAGAAGUUCAGUGUUAGAGAUGAUGAAAAGCUAUUGAAAGUUUGUCAAUGCUAUUUAUCAACUACAGCUGGUCCAAUAGCAGGCCUUCUCUUCAUCUCUACCAAUAAGAUUGCUUUCUGCAGUGAGAGAUCAAUAAAGCUCUUAUCUCCAACUGAAAAGUUGCUUAGAAUCUACUAUAAGGUAUCAAUCCCAAUAAGUAAGAUAAUGAAAGCAAAGGAGAGCAAGAAUAUGCAAAAGCCAUCACAGAAGUAUAUACAAGUAAUUACAGAGGAUGAUUUUGAGUUCUGGUUUAUGGGAUUUCUCAAUCAUCAAAAGACACUGAGAUAUCUGCAGCAGGCAAUCUCCAGCUCAAGGAAGUUAUGAAGACAACAUUUUUUCCUUUUGUUCAUUUUUUUUCCAAUGAGCUCAUUCUUCAAUAUAAAACAUUCAUGCAAAAACGAAUUCAGGGAUCUGUUAAACUUUGUAACUAGAUCCAUUGCUCAAAGGAGGCUUUACGUUUAACCUUUGUGCCCUUAUGAGUUAAUGGGAAUGUAUAGACUUUUUUUUUUUUUGAAACUGGUAGCUUUUGUAUAGACUUAUUUUCUUUUUUGAGAUAGCAAGAGAUGCGAAUGUAUAAAUUUAUUAUAAGACUUGUGCAGAUAGAUUGGUUUUCUUUGUAGAUUCAUUUAGCUUUCUACUUGUCCUUAGAGUAGACUUUAUGACCCAAGUGGUAGAUAUGAAAACAAGAACAAUAUGCUAGUUAUAGGAUUAGCAUUUUAGAUUGUUUAUACGCAAAUUUAAUACUGCAUUCACAAGCUUUGCUGCCUUCAAGUUUUUUUUAGUAUGAUAUAGUGUCUUCAAAUUAUUUAUCUUUUGGAUAAAAUGAAAUAAGAUAUAAAAUCUGCAGUUGAAAUUGUGAAGUCAGUUUGAGGGAUAUUUCCAUGUUGUAAUUCAAUAUGCUGAGGCCGGAAACCACACUAUAUCAAUUUAAGAAUCUAAGUGAUCAUCAUCAUUUUUCUGGUCUGUAGUUUCCUCACACCUUGAGAUAAGAAAAGGUGUAGCCAUUCUCACAAUGGAAUGCUACCCAUUCAUGAAAAGUGAACUGGUAUCAUCGUCUAGAAAAUG